AUGGAGCCUGUUGGCUUGGCUGUUGGUGGCGUUGGGCUCGUGGGUCUGUUCUCCACAUGUGUCAACUGCUUCGAGCUUGUGCAAAAUGGCCGCUACUUAGGGAGAGACUAUAUUUUGCUUGAGACGAAGUUCGACAACUUAAGGCUAAGGUUUCGGUCGUGGGGUCGCGCCUGUGGGUUCAUGGACAGCGGCAGAUACGAUGUGCGACUAGACAACCAAGAAAUCAAAUCAAGCAUAGAGUCAACUAUGGCCAAUUUGAUACACCUCUUCCAAAAUGGGUCACAGCUCCAAGAGAAGUACGGGCUGAAGGAUGAAUGGAAAACAUCAAUGAUUGUACCCCAAAACGACGCGCCCGGGCUCAACAUCCUUUCGAGCUCGAUUACCACAGGGUCUUGGCUGGGCACGACCCUCGAUCGUCUUAAACACCGUAUCGAGUCCACAAAGAAAAGAGCUAGCCUAGGCAGAACAGCACGUUGGGCAAUCGAAGAUAAGACAAAGUUCGAAGAGCUCAUUACGCACCUCAGGGACCUGAUAGAGGACCUCGAAAGAAUGACACAGUGGGAAGAAAUCAUACGACAGCAGCACCGAGCCCUACAGAGAGAAAUUGAUUCAAUUUGCGAGGUCGAACAGCUCGAGGCUUUUGAGGAAGCUCGGCUUGGACAUCACGACAUUGUUUCCCGAGCAGCCAGCCUGAGGUUGUCUCGGACUCAAACCAGAAUAACAACCUUCGAGGACAAAUCGGGGUCUGCUUCUAUAGCGCCAUAUCGUUCUCCUCAGGCCAUACCAAACACUGCUAUAGAGUCAGAUUGGCAUGAUUUCGCUCAGGACAUGAGGGAGCCUAUCAAACACGUCGGACCCACGACGCAUCUUGAAUUGAACAGCGUUGAAUGUGAGGGUCAGCCAGAAACCUCCUGUUUCGAUACUCCAGAGUAUAAGUGUGGUAUGAGGGCCAUAGGCGACUGGGUUCUCUUGCCUAAUAGCGAGUCUCCAGGCCAGCUGCAUCUAUCUGGACAAAAGGUGUUUACAAUUUCUGACCCUUCUUUCCAAAAAGAUCAUAUCCAUUUCAUUCUUUCUAAACAUUUUCUCUGUGAUCACAGCGACAGCCAUUUUCUUGGCGAAACCCCAAAGUAUUUCAAGGUGUCAGUGCAACUAUUGUCAGAGGAGCUAUGUCUGUCACUGAACUCAUUGCCGGACUGGUGCCGUCCGCACCUCGACGCUGGUUUGAAGUCGGGCGUCACGCUUCAUAGUCCAUUUCUAUGGCACUACCAUGGGAGACGCAAGAUCGCACGGUAUCUUGAUCAUGAGCCGUUAUCAUGCCUGAUUAGCCUUCUUGAUUCUGUUAUGGCAGAGGAGUACGCUGCUGUCGACCGGCUACUGCGGAAGAACGCUAUCAAUUGGCACUAUAUCUCAUACAUAUUCAUUCCCGGCGAAGUUGUAGUUCGGCAUGCAGGUGCCGAUACCCGAAAUGCAGAGGGUUAUGAACUAACAAGUUGGGCCCGGCCGGAACCUGCUGUUCUCACAUUAUCCGUUUCCUGUUUGGCAUUGGAUGACAAGCCUAAGCGCCACGACUUCAGUAUUACUCUGCCACUGUUUGAAUUCCACGGCAUCGAAGAGAAAAUGUCUAUCAGAGACCUACCCAUCUCGCCGCUUAAGUAUUUGCGUGUUGGUAUUCGCCAUAGCCUCUGCCGUCGGGCGACUAUCCUCGCCAACUUCAAGGACAGAAGACUAUUCCAGUAUAAAGAGUCCAAAUCUAACCGGAACUACUGUAUGCUAGAUCCAGCAACGUAUGCUCUAGUUCACCGCUCGACAGCAAAGACCAGCGAAAUAAGGGUAACCAUCUUCAAUUUUAAAACGCGACUGUGGGAAACUGUGAAUGUGUCACAGUUACAACCGGCGACCUGGGAUGACGGUGCUCUCGAGCUCUGCUGGUUAAAACAGAGCACCAAGGACAGUUUGCUGGCAAUAUGCGGAGCACAAAUGAAAAAGGAAACUCCCGGAAAACGCGGAGAAGCCACUAUGCUUGUGUUUUAUGGUGCUUCAGGCACGGGCAAGAGCUUCGUAGUUGAGGGAUUAGCACAGCACCUAAGGAAACCGUUGAUGCACCUCCCAGCUACAGGCUCGUCAGUCGAGCAGUUAGAGCAAUAUCUCACAAUGGGCCAGAUCUGGGAUGUCAUCUACACUAUCGAUUGCCCAGUGUAUUCUGGAAUGAAAACGGCUACGAAAACCGGUAUAGAACGAAGCUCUUUGAAGACGCUGCUGAGGAGAAUGACUCAAAUUCAGGGGACUCUUAUAGUAGAGUCCUCUACAGCUGACCUUGGAAGUGAUGUGCUUUCCAGAGCCAACCUCUUAGUCUAUUUUCCUGUCAUAGGGAACGGGCGUCGGUUAGACUUAUGGGUGAGGGCGCUUAAACAGAAUGAUCUUUACUCUGAGCAAGAUUUCAAUGCGGCUGACGGUUCAAUUGGGGUUGGGUUCAAGCGGUCUGUGAUAGCCAAGUUGGUGGAUAUUGAUCUCAACCCCAUAGAGAUCGAAAAGGUCAUUUCGAACAGCAAAAGAGUAGCAGCAGGACUUGAACUGUAG